AUGGCAGAAUUUAAAAGUAACCGUUUCAAAGACUUCUAUCACGUCUACCAUAAUACUCUUCGCUCAUCAAACCCACCAGGUCUCAACUGGUUUACUCCGAAUCCAUUCAGAAUGGGCGAGGAAUGGUAUCCUGCCACCGCGCAUGUUCUCAAACAUACUAUCUUCAAAUGGAAGUCUGACUGCCAUUUGGAAAGAGAAUACCAUUGGCUUCGUGAUAGGGAGGAAUAUAGUCGACAUUAUCGGGUCUGGUCGGGCUAUAAAACCUGGAUGCUGAGAGAGUGGGUUGAGGAGCAACCGGAAGCAAUGGCAUACAAGAGAUCUCGUGGAUUGGGUGAAAACAAGGCGAAGUCGGUAUGA